CCAAAAAUUAGCUUGGUUUGAAAGCGGCUGAUAUGCUACCACAUCGUGAUUUUCCUGUCAAACUUCAGUCAAAGUUAGAUUAAUGAAUUUAUGCCCCUUAUGUUUCCGGCGGGAAAUAUGUAUAUAAAAGCCUUAAUCCGAUGCAGGGACAUGCUGAAAGGAGAACUUAUCGUGUGAAAUGCUGGCUAGCCUUUCAAAGCUAGCUGUGGAGCUGGGGGCCGAGACGCGAAAGUGGCUAACAUUUAUCGACGGUUAACACAACAUCAACAAGCCUGUGUGUUUUGUCUUAACUGUCGUAAACACAACAAGGAGGACAGACUGAGACAAUCCCUUCACGACAACAUAGCAGUGGGUCUGUUUAAGGCAGAGCCAUGGGUGCGUUCCUGGACAAACCCAAAACAGAGAAGCACAACUCACACGGUGAAGGGAAUGGACUGCGCUAUGGAGUGAGCUCCAUGCAGGGUUGGCGGGUGGAGAUGGAGGAUGCCCACACAGCUGUGUUGGGUCUUCAGACCCCUGGAAUGACUGACUGGUCUUUUUUUGCAGUGUAUGAUGGUCACGCUGGAUCCAAGGUUGCCAACUACUGCUCUAAGCACCUUCUCGAACACAUAAUUACUGCUAGUUUAGGAGCUGGAGGUACACAAGACUCACACGUUGGAUCAGACGGCUCCACCGGUGACUCUCAAGCACCACCACCUCCUGCGGUGGAGAUUGUGAAAGCUGGGAUCAGAGCAGGUUUCCUAAGCAUCGACGAGCACAUGCGCAACUUCUCCGACCUUCGGAACGGUUUGGACCGCAGUGGCUCUACAGCUGUCGGAAUUCUUCUGUCACCGGAUCAUUUUUUCUUCAUUAACUGCGGAGAUUCUCGAGCUGUUUUGUACCGCAAUUCACAGGUGUGCUUCUCCACGCUCGAUCACAAGCCUUGCAACCCACGUGAGAGGGAGCGCAUCCAGAACGCUGGAGGCUCGGUGAUGAUUCAGAGAGUUAAUGGAUCACUGGCUGUAUCGAGAGCUUUGGGAGACUAUGAUUACAAGUGUGUGGACGGCAAGGGCCCCACAGAGCAGCUGGUUAGCCCUGAGCCAGAAGUGUUUGUGAUGGUUCGGGCACCAGAGCAAGAUCAGUUCAUUAUUCUGGCUUGUGAUGGCAUCUGGGAUGUCAUGUCCAAUGAGGAAUUGUGCGAGUUUGUGAAAUCUAGACUUGAGGUUUGUGAUGACCUGGAGAAAGUCUGUAAUGAAGUCGUGGACACAUGCCUGCACAAGGGGAGUCGGGAUAACAUGAGUAUUGUGUUAGUGUGUUUGCCCAACGCUCCCAAAGUAUCCGAGGAAGCUGUGAAGAAAGAAGCUGAGCUCAACAAAUACCUGGAGACUCAAGUAGAAGAGAUGCUGUCUCUGUCAGGAGAGGAGGAGAUUCCGGAUCUUGGAACAGUGAUGAGGAACCUGUCUACGGACAGUGGCAUGCCCCCUUUGCCACCAGGGGGUGGACUUGCUAGCAAACGCAGUGUUAUUGAAGCAGUAUACAACCGUCUGAGUCCAUACAAGGAGGAAGAUGGAAGUGGAGCAGAUUUGGAGUGCCACUGGUAGCUGUCCAGGACGACUGCGUCAUCUGACAAAACAAAAAAACCCCAAAACAAAACAAAAAAUACAGGACUGCAUCCAUAAUCCUUUCUUUUAUUUCACCUCAAAGAAUAAUCAAAACUAGAAUCCUGGUUUUGAAAGUGCACCCAAGGUGGAGGACUGCAAACGGAUUUUUGUUGGUUAUUUAAAUUCACAAAACGGGGAGGACCCAGACUGCACUACAGAACUAUAUACACCGUACAAAAAUCAAAGGAGAGGCAAAUGAGCACAGUUUCUUUCUAUUUGUUUUGUUUUCUUUGUGGUGGUGUUUUUUUUUUUGAUUUAAUUUUAUUUUUUUAAGAUUGCCAGACAUGGAAGCAGCUCUGUUUGGAAAGCUUUGGGACUCCGUGGUGCCUUGCACAUACCUGAGCGAGAGCAGAGGAUCUCACACCUCCACAACCAGCCAGCCAUUACUGAGAACAGCCACUCACAGAUGUUUCUAAGAGACUAACGUGGGUUUGUGGCAUUAUUUUGUGUUGUGUUUUUUUUUCUUCCUCUUUUUCUUGCAUCCGACAGCUCAUUUGACCACACAAGUUUGCAACUACUGCAUAAGCUAUGUUGUUCAGUUGAGGUGCUGAGAUUCCUGACGCAACUUGUGCUUCAACAUGGCUCCAAUACUUCAACUACCUGUAUCUGGCUCUUUGGAGACUGCCUCCUGGAUUUAAAGAUUCUGAGGUCGACAUCAUCCAAAGACCUCUGGAACAGGGUUAAAGCAUCAAAACAGGAACUGUACACCUGUCACCUGAGGCUCCACCUCAUUUAAAACAAGGGGGAUGCUAAUGAGUUUUUGUGGCAACUUCAUUGGAGUUUUGUCUCUCUCUCUCUUUUUGUUCUCCUGUUCAAACGAAAUCAGACUAGUGUGCCUCUGCAAAUUUAACUUGUGUGACUUUUUUUCUUGCAUGUCUCUGCUCAACUGCUCUAAUGUCUAAAAGGAUGUAUACAGUUUUAUCACUCUUUCCUUCAGUUAUCCUGUGUGCUUUCUCUGUCCUCUCCAAUAAGACUCUGCAGUACAGUGGCAAACAUUGCCUAAAUCAUAAGCUUUUAAGCCUGCUGUUUAAGAAAAAAUAUAUAGUAUAUAAAAUUCAAAUAUAUGAAUAUAUACAUAGAUAUAUAAAAAUAUUUUUGAUUUGUCUGCUUCAGUUCUAUUCCCAGCCAUAGUAUUCAUUGUGGUCUAAUCUGUGUGGGUGGUCAGUGUGUAUGCAUUUGUGCGUGUGUGUGUGUGUGUAGGCCCAAAAAGAUGAAUAAACAAAAUCUAGGUGCGCACACUUACUGUUCCAACACAGCAGUGUUCCAAAGACAGGGUUAGGGUUGAGGUAAAGAAUUUUCAACCUUCCUCUUCUUUCCCUUCUAUCCUCGCCACACACACACACACACACACACACCCCUGCUCAUGCUACAACUUGCCUUUUCUAUCUCUCAAAUAUCUUGUGUUUUAUUUUUUAAGCCUUUUUUCCCGUAAUUGAAAACAUUGUCAUAACUUUUGAAAAAAAAGUAUUGUCUUUUCUGAGUACUGUUUCUCUUAAAAUACAACUGAAAGUGGAGAAUGAACUAUAUGUUUUAGAGCACAUUGAGAAAAAAAGGGAUAGGUGUUUAUUUAAAGGGGUUAAUUUGACUUAGCUAAAAUUAAUGUUCUAAAUUUUUUGACAAUU